CAUACCAACACUAGUCUAUGCAUACAAUUCAACACCACAUGAAACAACGAAAAUUUCCCCUUUUGAAUUAAUGUUUGGCAGAAAGGCAAAACUUCCCAUUGAUGCUGUAUUUCAACAAGCAACAGAUGAAAAUGAAACAACAGAAAUGCCUAAAACAGAUUACAUCAAAGAAUUGAAAGAACGUAUGGAAAUGAAAAAUCAAAUAGUUAAAGAUAUCUCUGAUAAAGCAAGACUUAAACAGAAGAAAUAUUUUGAUAAGAAGGCCAAGGCAGCAACUAUAUCUGUUGGUGACAAAGUACUGGUAAAAAUUUUGAAAUUCGAUGGUAAGCAUAAAAUUGCUGACAAGUUUGAAGAGGAACUAUAUAAAGUCACUGAACAACCUAGACAUGAUAUACCUGUGUUUAAAGUGAGAUCGGAAAUAUCAGGAGUAGAGAAGAUACUACAUAGAAACCAUUUGUUUCCAGUCCAAAGUCAGGAAACAACAGAAGAAGAGUUAGAUACGGAUAUAAUCGAUGCAUCGAAAGGGAUGGAAGAAAGAAUACCGGUAUGUGAAAAUGAACAUGACGAUGAUAAUGAUGAUGAUUCAGACUCAGAUAUUGGAUAUGCAGUUGUUAGUAAUACAUCUGACUUUGGGGACGCCCAUAAUCCUUUACCUUUGACAGAAGAUCAUGGUAUACCGAACUCAGGAGAUAAAGUAGACACAGAAAACAAAGGAACAGACGAAGAGGAACUUGAAUCUAAUGAGAUUGAAGAAGUGGAUGACAUAGAAAUACAAAGUGUGAAUUCAAAUCACCAUGAAGAACAUGUAGAUUCAGAUGACACACCUAUUGAAAUACAAACAGGUAUAGACAAUGACACAGAUGACAAUUCAGAAACAAGCACGGAAGUGACAGAUGAAAAUUCACAUGUUGAUGAAGGUCCAGGAAUUGAAGAAAUCCCUGAAGAGCCUCCACCAAAAUCACCUCCAAGGACUAAGCCAACUCCAAGACGUUCUGUAAGAGAACGUAAACCACCAAAUUGGCAGAGUGAUUACCACAUGAAUCGAAUGGUACCAAGACCAUAUGAUACCAAUCUACAGGCAUUAGAUGUAUUGAUGAAUUCUGGCGUAUUGAACAGGAUUGAUAUUCAUGUGGCACAGAAGUUAUUAAAUACAUUGUCUGAUUGAUAUAUUGUAUUCAGUACAUAUACUUUUGUAUUUAAUUUAUAUGUAAUGUAUUGUUUGAAUUUUUGUAAUUUUUAAACCUUAAUUGAAAAUAAAUUUAUAUUCUAAUCAUUGAAUAAAAGCCAAUAUAAAUUAAAAUAAUUCAGUAUAUAUUGCGAGGUCGCAAUAUUUAAGAAGGGGGAGGAAGAAUUGAAUUUAUAUGGACUGUUGUAGAGAUUAACUUUAUACUUGAAGUCAACUGAUAUUGGACGAGUUGUAAAAAUUUUCUGAUUGAUUCAGAAUACUGAUGAGUUAUAUUUUGAGAAUUGUUUUUCUUCAAAUAGAAUUGUUUGAUGUGAAUUAUUUUUUGUAUAUAUGAUAAUGACGGGACGUCAUUUUCUAAGGUGGGGAAGUAUGUAACAGGAUGGAUAAUUUGAGUGUCUUGAUACAUUUCUGGUUGUUUGAGUUGUUUCCUGGGUUUCCCGCAACUUUGAUCAUGCGACUAGUUUUGUCUUUGUUGAAGCGGCUUUGUAAAAAUUAAGUUCAGACAUUUUCUAAGUGUUUUAAAUUUAUUUAAAAUUUGGAUUAUUGAUAGUUGAAAUUACAGCACAGAGAGUUUGGAAGUAUGUGUGUUUUGAAAAAGAUGAUGUAAUAUGAUAUAAUUGUACAUUCAGUUCCACAAACUGGUAAGUUUGGAUAUUCUUUAUGAAUGUUAUGUAUUUUAUGAUAAGUUCAUUAAAUGAACUAUUUAUGUUAAUGACAGCCAAUAGAAAGCAUAUAACUAUAUUAUAUGUUAAUGUACCUAUGAGUGAUAUGUGUAAUGUGUUGCAAAUAUCUAUGUGUAAUUGAUCAACUAAAUAAGGAUGUUUUUAUAAUUGAUAAUUAUGCUUUUCAGAUAUAGGAACUGGAUUUUACUUUAUUUUUAUGUUG